AUGAGGAUCGGAUUAGUCCCCGUUUUUGCCCUUGUGGCAUAUUCCACUGCUGUCUGGGUCGGCGAUAGAGAAGUUGCAGGGUGUGAAAAGCAGCAGUGCGAGAAUACGCCCACCACUCGCGGUUGCUGGGGUCGAUAUAACACGGACACAAACUACUACAUCACGGCACCCGAUACUGGACGCACCGUGGAGGUCUGGCUCUCCGUCGAAGAAAGCAUUUGCAACCAGGAUGGCUACGAACGUCCCUGCAUGACAUUCAACGGCACGAUGCCAGGUCCACCGAUCGUAGCCGAUUGGGGCGACAACCUCAGGAUCCACGUCACCAACAACAUGAAGUCGAAUGGCACGUCGGUGCACUGGCAUGGCGUGCAUUUGCGGGAUAGCAAUGAAUGGGACGGAGUGCCUGGAGUUACUCAGUGUCCCGUCGCGCCGGGCGAGUCGCUCACGUACGAGUUCAAGGUCACGCAGUACGGGACAAGCUGGUACCACAGCCAUUUCUCCCUGCAAUCGUCUGAGGGUCUUUUUGGUCCGCUCAUCUUUAAUGGUCCGGCGACUGCGAACUAUGACGAGGAUCUUGGGGCGCUGUUCCUCCAGGACUGGUCGCAUAGUCCGACUUUCACCGACUGGGAUACCAAGCAGAAAUUCGGCAUCACGCACUCACAGACCACGACGCUCAUCAACGGAACCAACACCUUUGACUGCUCGAUAGAGUCAGACGUCAAGUGCAUGGGUGGCGGGAAGAAGUUCGAGAUGGUCUUUCAGCAGGGGAAGAAAUACCGCGUGCGCCUGAUCAACGUCGCUAUCGACAGCCAGUUUCAGUUCAGUAUUGAUGGCCACCGGAUCAAGGUGAUUGCGAACGACUUCGUUCCAAUCGAGCCGUACGUGGCGGACAGCGUUAUCAUCAACGUGGGUCAGCGAUACGAUGUCAUCGUUGAGGCGAACGCUCCGCCCGGAGACUACUGGCUGCGUGGAGGAUGGGUGAAGUCCUGCCAGGGCGUUGCCAAUGAUCACCCCGAAUCUGCAACAGGGAUUGUCCGCUACGACACUGCCAGCACCAGGGAUCCGACGAGCACGACUUCGCUCGUGGCUCCUUUGACUUGCAAUGAUGAGCUUCAAUCGAACCUGGUGCCAUACUUGAAACUCGAUGUGGGCAGAAUCACCGAAACGACUGUCGAGGACAUCAAUGUUCGUCUGACUCACGCGGCCUUGUUUCAGUGGACGAUCAACAGUAGUAGCCUGGUCUUGGACUGGAACAAGCCCACUCUUAAGCAGAUCUUUGACGAAGAACCCAUUUUCCCCACUCCUUACAACGUGGUGGAAGUUGACAAGAAGAAUAGUGGCAAAGAUGAAUGGGCUGUAUUGGUGAUCGAGAACAAGGCCACCACUUUCUUCGGCGGCAUUGCUCACCCCAUCCAUUUCCACGGACACGAUUUCUGGAUUUUGGCGCAAAGGAAUACCAGCUGGGACGGAACAUCGACCUCAUUCCAGCUAAAGAAUCCGGUGCGUCGAGAUACUGCGGUACUGCCGGCUCACGGCUACCUUGCUCUCGCCUUCCAGCUCGAUAAUCCCGGGGCAUGGCUCGUCCACUGCCAUAUUGCGUGGCACUCUAGUAUGGGCCUCGCGCUGGAAUUUGUGGAAAUGCGAGAUUCUAUAUCAGUUAGCAUGGGUGACUGGAAGACUUUUGAAAAGACCUGUAAUGCGUGGUCGGCGUGGUCGAGAGGUGCCCCGUAUCAGCAGGAUGACUCGGGGAUUUGA